AUGCCGAGGAGGGGUAGGCGGUUGGGUAUCGCUUACGUCCAUGAUGACAAAGAGCGUGAUGUCACCUUCUUCAAGCGACGUGGCGGUUUAUUCAAGAGCGCUGCCGACCUCAAUGCCAUCACUGGUGCUAGGGUUGUUGUCAUCCUGGAGACAGGAAAUAAGAAGAUGUACUCAUUCGGGGCGCCAUCAGCUGGCCCCAUUGUUGAUGCUUUUUUGUCAGCAGCACCGCUAGGAAAUCGACUCACUUACAAGGAAACAAGUGCCAAGAUUUCCCGACUACAAAGUGAGGUGGCUCGGCUUGAUAUGGAGCAUGGGAUGGAGGAUAAGAGGAAUCAACUCUCCAUCCAGCACGUGAAACAAAUCCAAGAACAGUACCCAGGUAUGAUGGCAAACCUUAUCUUCUCGAAGGAACAAUAUCUCAACCUGGAAGAUGCUAAAAAGCUCUUCAAUGAACUCUCUCGUGUCCAUGAGGACACCAGACACCGGCUGCUUGAAUUGCAUCAUAGCUACAAAACCAUAACCGGUGGUGCAAGCGUGAUUCAAAACAUGCUACCAUCAAGUGGUCCACCGCCGAAGAGCUUGAAGACUAUCCCUUCAUCAGUGCACUCAAUGUGGGAUCACCAUCUUUCGCAACACCAUAUGCCUUCCGCUCCGGUAACAUCAGCACCAGAACACAACGUGGAACCACUUUUUCCUCGUGUACCACAAAUGUUCCAUGUUGCAUCAGCAGCUUCAGCGCCCUUGCUACCCAGCUACAAGGCAUACCUAAUCAGGUGCAAAAUCUGCCUCCGGCAGAUUUGCAUGUCGAGGACUAUAUAA